CGAGCCUCCAAAAACUUUGACGUCAGCCCAUACAGAUCGCCAGACGCCAGAAAAGAUAUCAACAUGGAUGAGAUCGUAGUACCUUUCCCUGCAGACUUCCAUGUCCAUCUUCGCCAAGGAGCCAUGUCGGAAUUGGUCACUCCUCACGUAGCUCUAGGAGGAAUUCGAACCGCUUAUAUCAUGCCCAACCUGAUUCCCCCCAUCACCACGACCGAGCGAGCUAUGGAGUAUAAGGCCGAGCUGGAAAAGAUCGAUCCCAAGGUGGAAUACCUGAUGACACUGUACUUGCACGAGAAUAUGUUGGAGGAAAUCGACGUUGAGGGGCAGGAAGGCAAGGUCUUGAGGGGGGUGCAUGAGAUCAGGAAGGCUAGCAAGGCCGGUGUGAAAGGAAUCAAGUCGUACCCUCGAGGAGUCACCACCCAUUCGUCGAGCGGGAUCGAGUCGUACGAGCCUUACUACCCCGUCUUCAAGGCAUUGGAGGAGGAAGGCAUGGUUCUCAACUUGCACGGAGAAGUGCCUAGCGAUGACAAGCUAAACAUCUCGGUAUUGAACGCCGAAAAGCACUUUUUGUCGCAUCUACGAAAACUCGCUGGAGAUUUCCCCAAGCUCAAGAUUGUGCUCGAGCAUGCCACCACCAAGGAGGCCGUCGACUGCGUCAAAUCCCUGCCGAACAACGUCGGAUGCACGAUCACCGCCCACCACUUGCUCUUGACUAUCGACUCGGUUCCAUCACAGCCUUUCCACUUUUGCAAGCCCAUCGCUAAAGAACCCGUCGACCGAGCUGCCUUGCAAGAAGUCGUCGCGUCGGGUCACCCUCGAUUCUUCCUCGGAUCCGAUUCCGCCCCGCACUCGAUCGUCAACAAGAUCCCGAAGAUGCCGUCGAGUUACCUGACUCAGGAGACCGGAGCGAUCGAGGGUAACGGACCUCAACCUUGUGCCGCUGGAGUGUAUACCAGCCCGAUCUUGCUCCCGCUCGUCGCGCACAUCUUCGACAAGCUCGGCGCGCUGGACAAGCUGCCCGGAUUUGCUUCGCAUAAUGGACGAGCGUUCUACGGUAUGCAAAGGGAGGGAGCCGAGGGGAACGUCACGUUGAAGAGAGUAGAAGGUGGGGGCAGGGUACCAGCCUUUUACAAGGGUAGUGAGCGAGGGAUCGACGCCGUACCGUUCAUGGCCGGUGAAGCUCUGGGUUGGGAGAUUGCUUGAUUGUAGUAGAGAUUGCAGGUACAACGCAAUCAUCUGCCAGCGUAUGGAAAGUGGUUUCGAAACAGGUUGUUUCGUGCACUCCUUGGCGAAAGACCUUCCGGUGUGACAACCAUGACAAGUCCCGCUCCCUGUCUCGGCCGAGAGGGACCGACGGUGAUUCGUCAUCCUCGUCAAAGCCCGGUUAAUCAAGGUCGAAGGGAGCAUCUAGCUGACGGACUCUUCGACUCGAGUACAUAAACAUCGGAC